AUGGCUGACUCCUGUGCAGGAGACGCGGCCGCCUCCGCGGGCGGGAAAAGGCCACAGUUCGGCGGCCGCUUGCUGAGCGACCCGGCGCGCGUCUUCCACCACAAUGCCUGGGACAAUGUGGAGUGGUCAGAAGAACAGGCCGCGGCGGCGGAGAGGAAAGUGCAAGAGAACAGUGCCCAGCGGGUGUGCCUGGAGAAGCAAGUUGAUUAUGAAAUCAAUGCCCACAAAUACUGGAAUGACUUUUACAAAAUCCACGAAAAUGGGUUUUUCAAGGACAGACAUUGGCUUUUUACUGAAUUCCCAGAACUGGCACCAAGCAAAAACCCAGAUAACUUGAAGGAUUUGCUCUCAGAGACCAAGAAUGAAAUAUGUGAAGGCAGAAACAGUGAGGAUGGACCUGGUUUAAUAAUAGAAGAGCAGCACAUGUGUUCUUCAAACAGCCUUGAACAUAAAACACAGGUGCUUCCUGUGGAGAAGAAUAUAACUCAGAAACUCAGUCACCUGGAAAUCUGUGCUGAGGAGUUUCCUGGAUCCUCAGCCACCUACCGAAUACUCGAGGUUGGUUGUGGCGUGGGAAACACAGUCUUUCCAAUUUUACAAACUAACAAUGACCCAAGACUCUUCAUUUACUGUUGUGAUUUUUCUUCCACGGCUGUAGAGCUGGUCCAGACAAAUUCAGCUUAUGAUCCCUCUCGGUGUUUCGCCUUUGUUCACGAUCUGUGUGACGAAGACCAGAGCUACCCGGUACCCAGCAAGAGUCUCGAUAUUAUCAUCCUUAUAUUUGUUCUUUCAGCAGUUGUUCCAGACAAGAUGCAGAAGGCCAUCAGCAGGCUGAGCGCACUCCUGAAGCCUGGAGGUAUGAUGCUUCUGCGUGACUAUGGCCGCUAUGACAUGGCUCAGCUCCGCUUUAAAAAAGGUCAAUGCCUGUCUGAAAAUUUCUAUGUCAGAGGUGAUGGCACCAGAGUUUACUUCUUCACACAAGGCUCGCUGGAACUCCUUCGGGGACUGCAUAAGCUUUCAGCCUUGGACUCUUAAAGGUGGGCAGAGGACGAUUAAACAUGGCCAGGGUAGAUUCAAGUACGACCUGAGUGCCACUCGACUAGGCACAAAUUGGCCUGUGAUUCUGACUCCAAAUUGUACCCCUUGACAAUCUCAAGGUAGUGCUGCGUUGGCUGGGAAGGCAGCUCCACAUGUGUGGCUGCUCAGGAAGUUGUGUGGUUUAGAUUCACGUCUUGAGAGAAGUUUCUGAAACUGGUCUCAGCACUGUUAAUAUGGCUGAAGAGGUAAGUUCAAUGUUGUUUGAAAAACGAGGGCCCACUUAACUUGAGACAGGUGCACUUCAGCUGUUGGCAUGCAGCUGUGUCCAGAAGGCCUGGCCUGGGCUGGGGUGUAACAGCACGAGAGCCCAGGCCCUCCCAGCACCAAGGGAACCCUGAUCCCCAUUUUAUGUGCUUCCUCCUGAGCCUGGUCCCUGCUCAUGCUGUCCCACCUGUUUGCAGUGAGCCCACUACCUGCCUUCAUGUGAGUUCAUACCUUUUGGGCAAAAUCAGGGCUUGAAAACUUAGUAGUGAAAGGACAAGCAAGCUAAGCUACCCCACCUCCCUCUGACUCCCAUUCUGCCUACAGACAUUACUCUAGUCAUCGCGGGGAGUUCUGUCUGAGGCUGAAAAGAAGCGCUCAGGACAAACAGCUUCUUUCAGUCUGUUCACAAAGGCCUGUUCUUUGGUUUGUGGCUGCAGCUGCUAUUUUCAGAGCCCGGCUGCAUCGAUGCGUUGCAGAUGUUUAAAAUACUUCUUAAGUUGGUAUCAGGUUGUGAUUUGGGAAACUCGGUUGAAAGGUGGAGGAAGCACCAAUGGUGAACUUCACAGGUCAGGACACUGAAAUGUGCAUUGUGGCCACUUCACUUUAGGCCAGUGUAUCUCUUGGUUCAAGAUCAGACACUGUCUCUUGACUGUAGUCAUCGGAACAUGCUGCGCAACCAAAGCACAAGACAGAGAGCCCCGGGUGGCUGCCAAGCUCCUGUGGCGCCCUAAGACCCAGUAGCCAGUGACCUUGACCAAAGCCUGACACUUGGCCUCUUCACCCUGUGGGGAUCCCCAGAUUGCAUUCAUUCAUCACCCCCCACCACCACAACCACCGCUCUCCUUUCUCUAAGUUUAGAUUUCUCCAUUGAAACUUAAAAUAUCCUUAGAAGCACCAUGUUGAAACAUUUAUCAGCAAUAACUCGUUAGAGAAACACCUCCGAGGGGAUGAGCAGGACUGGGAAAAGCCCCAAAGCAUCCACAGCCUUGCUUCCCAGGACUCGGAACUUGCUGAGUGGUAAUGGCUGACACUGGAGCUUGCUAAAUAGCAGGUUCAUGGGAGGAGCUUUGUAUUCUGGACAUUCAGCAGAGUAGCAAAGCACUUGGCCCACGAUCUGGGCUCAAAGAAUAAGGGCUGAAUGACAAAAUUACCUUUUUUCGUGUUCUGUCCCUUUGCCCCAUCUGACUACUACUUCCACAGUUUAUGGUUAACUUCAGAGACCUGGAGUGUACAGGUAUAUGGUUGUAUCACUUCCAACUGGCUUAAAGGUACAGACGAGGGUCGAAAGGCACAGGGGUCACACACACCCCUGGACAGAAAUGUAGAAGGUCACCAGAAGGGCUCUGACAAGUGUACACUCCACUGCAAACCUGGGCGCUCUCUGCUCCUUAGUCCUUGUGUGAGAGGUGACCCCUACCAACUCCUGAGGCUCCACGUCUCAGCAGGAUGGACGUGUGCACACGUGCCCCUGCACAUCCAGAGUGAGCAGUUCACGCCUGCAGAACGGGUUUCUUUUACCGACGUUCCAGCACUACAGUUAAUCUACUUGAGCUGUUCAAAUUACUUGGCUUCCGAAAUUUACCUUUAAAUGAUUUUCUAUCACGGUGGUAAAUGUAAAGUAUCCUUUGUCAUGAGUAGAAAGUAUUUCCUGAAAAUAAAUACAAUGUAAAAGAAGGACGAUUACAAGU